AUGCAGAUCCCGUACAAUCAGUACGCCCAGCCGAGCGACCAGCGCAGUCCAUCGCCGUAUGCGCCGUCGUCGCCUUACCAGCAGCAACAUCCUCCCUACGAGGCCCAGCAGCAGGCAUCAUAUGGGUCUCCAGGCGGGCCACCGCCAUCGUAUAAUCAGUAUAAUCAGUAUGCGCAGCCAAGCAACGCGCCAUAUCCUCAUCCGUCGCAACCGAGCUACGCAGGACACCAGUCGCCCUCUUACAACUCCCAGCAGCCAACCCAAGGUUACGGAUACAACGCGCCCGCUCAGCAGCAGUAUGCAUCUCCGCCGCCGAGUCACUCCCCAUAUCAGCAAGAGCCACCGUACCACCCACCGGGCCCACCAUCCCAGGGCGGAUAUGGCGCUGCGGCAAGCUACCUGAACUCGGACCGACCGGGAAGCCGUCCAGAAGGCGAGGACCGCGGAGUCAUGGGGGCUCUAGCCGGCGGCGCCGCCGGCGCAUACGCGGGGCACAAGGUGAACCACGGGUUCCUCGGUGCCUUGGGUGGGGCAUUCGCCGGGCAUAAGCUGCAGGACGCCAUCCACGACCACAACAAGCAAAAGAAAGACGAGUACAAGCAGUCUCACUCGCCCCAGCCAUCCCAGUACGCACAACACUCGCCGGCGCCUCACCCUCCGAGGCAGCACUACGCGGGCAACUUCUCCGCCUCGUCGACCCAGAUGAACAUCGACGGGGACUACGACCUCAUCGCCUCGUGCAGGCGGAUGGACGGGGGCCAGAGGUUGUCGUCCGUCAGCUUGAACAACUGCCUGACGAACGAGGAUGGUCACUUCCGGUGGGCCAGGGGCGGGAACUUUGGUGCUUCGGCCAGGAACGUGCGUCUUAUUGACGGGGCCGGACGCUGGAAGCUGAGCUGA